CCACGGGGUAUCCUGGCGCCUCCGCCCAAGGCCUCACUGCUUAGGCGACCACGCCGAAUGCCUGACUGCCGUUACAGCGGCCGUCCAACCCAGUGCCGGACUAGGUCGUAACUCUCAUUUCUCCUCCCUCUCACCUGGACUGAGUUCUCACCGUAACCUUCGGAAUGCUCUUGAAAUAGUAAUAGAGUAUGCCACUGCAUACAAAUCCAUUCUCACUUCAAUCAAAAAAGAAUAUGAUGCCUUUAUUGAGACAAUAAAGAAAGACCGAAGCACCGCCUUUUAUCUUCAUGGAAGACUUAAAGUUUUGGCAGCAGAGCCCACAGCACUGGUGUAUCACAUGAGGAGAAUACACCAACUUGAAGCAAAAAUGAGGGUUAUUGAAAAUAAUUCCUCAAGGAUUCAAAUGCAGAUAGAGAAAAUGAAACAGCUUAGAGCAGAGUACGAAAAGGAAGAAGUAAAAUAUUGUACUUUCUCCAAAGAUCCUUCAAAACCUAUUCCAGGCAUGACUCUCCAAGAAUCCGUCAAUCUAGAUGCUCUCACUAAACACCUGAAACAUCUUGAAGAUAAAUAUGCGGAAAUUAAACAAACGAUGUCGAUAAAAUAUGUGUCAGCUCAAAGGAAGGCUGAUUUAGAUGAGGAAAUGACUAUGUUGUUAAAACGGAGAGAUGUAGCUGAAAAUCUGAACAAAGAGUUACAGUUCCGUCAUCGAAGAAUGCAGAUUAUUUCACACGCACUUACAUCAUGGCUAAGAUCGGAUAAGAGCAGCUCAUUUCAAGACUUUGUGGAGCAAAUUCAGAAAACCAAAGAUUUACAUGGUGACGAAGGCAUUGUUGAGGAAUUACUUGAAGAUGAUCCGAGCAAGGCAAAAGAAGCUGAAAUUUUGCUUCACUAUAUUGAAAGGUUCAAUGAAUUAAUUACACUUGGUGAAUAUGGAAAGGCAGCUGUUUUUGCAGCGAACAGUCCCAGAAGAAUUCUUCAAAACGUUGGUACAAUGAAUAAAUUUAAGGCUGUUGGAAAAAUUAGAGGAGAGCCUUUUCCAUUACUGUUAUUUUUUGAGGCACUCUUUAGCACAAGCCAUGCUUUUAAACAUCCUAUUGAUGCGGCCCUAACCGUGGAGGGCAUCAAGUGUGGAUUGUCUGAAAAACGGUUAGAUUUAGUUAUACAUUGGGUCACCCAGGAAAGGCUGACAUUUUCUGAGGAGGCUGGGGAUGUGAUCUAUGAUUAUGGGGAGCAGGAUACUUAUAACAAGGCCAAAUGUAUGGCUUUAGCUCAAAUUAUCUACAAUGAAUGUGGCCUGCACAAAAAAGCUCUUCUUUGCCUGUGUAAACUUGGUCAGAUUUAUGGGGCCUUGGAAUACAUCCAACAAUUCAAGGAGUUUACUUCUGAUGACCUAUUGCAGCUCAUAAGGUUAUGUCCCCAAAUUGAAUUAAUUCAUUGUCUCACUAAAGAAUGGAAUGGGAAACCACCAUCUUUAUCUUUGAGUCUUGCCAUACUUCAUCUGUUCUCUGUAGAUUUGAAAAAAGUUGGCAUUAAGCUACUUCAAGAAGUAAAUAAAGGUGGGAAAGAUGCAGUGGAACAUCUUAUGAUAAGUGAUCCAUUUUGCUCCCUAGAAAGGUGGCAAGAAAUGGCAAAUAUAUGUUUACAGAAUGGCUUUGACAAAUUAUCUAACGACAUCAUGUCCAUUCUUCGAUCUCAGGCCGGAGUUACAGAAAUUUCUGAGGAGGAUGAUACGGUCAACUUAAUGGGACAUGUUUUUUGGUAGUUCCAUAUCUUAUCCAGUUGAGGGAGCUUGUAAAACAUUUUAUGUAAGUUGGUUGGGCAAACUGAUCUUGGCAUAACUACCUUAUAAAUAAACCUAGAGUAUGAAGCCCUCAGAAA